UAUUCAAAGCCAUUUAUGACCGAUUUUAUAGAAGUAUAUAAAUCAUUGCCAUGUCUGUGGCAGAUAAAAUCAAAAGAAUAUUCGGAUCGCAAUAAAAAGAAUGCGGCGUAUCAAAAACUGAUAGAAAAAUUAAAGGAGGCUAAAGCAGAUGCAAAUAGGGAUUUUGUGAUAAAGAAAAUCAACUCAUUACGUAGUUCUUAUCGCAAAGAAAAGAAAAAGGUAUCUGAGUCACUGAAAUCGGGUGCUGGCACAGAAGAUGUAUAUACUCCAACACUGUGGUAUUACGACUUAUUUAAAUUUCUAGAUCACCAGGAAACACCUAGACGGCCAGUGACAAAUUUUGAGGACUCACAGGAUGAAAAUGAUAUUGAGUCAGUACAAAAUUCCCCAUCACAGGAUCGGCCACCAUCAUAGGCUUCCAUCGGCAAUUCGGAGCUGGACACUUUACCUCCUACUCCAACUUCUUCUAACACUUCAGUACCACCAGGAAGGCCAUAUAAUAAAAAUAGAUAAAGAGAAAUAGAUAAUGUAAUACCUUCUGUGGGAAAACGCUUAACUGAAGCAAGAGUUGAAGAUAAACACGAUAUUUUUGGACGAAAUGUCGCUAAAAAGCUGAGAAGUUUACCUAAUGAUCAACGCAUUUAUUUAGAAAAAAUAAUUAAUGAUGCAGUAUUUGAAGCAGAGUUAGGAAAUCUGACCAGAAAUUGUUCUAUCCAUAUUCCGAGGCCUACAACAGAAAUGUCAUCCAAUAGUGCAUACAAUAAUUUUAUGCAAUCAUCUGCUCGUCCCACGCUAUACAUUCCUUCACAAACGCCUUUGGAUAGAGCGUCUCCUAGUAAUGUCAUCAGCACUCAACCUGUUCAACAAAAUGUGGUCGACUUCCUAAAAAGUUACACGCCUCUUUAGCGUGCAAUUCUCGAAUGUAGUUAUGUAUUUUUGUAAAGUACAGGGUUUUU